UCCAGGAACACCCAGUUUCCACACCGAUGCUCCAGGGCCGAGGAUAUGGCAAGCACCAGCCUUCAGGAGGAUGCUAAGAAAAGACUAACAAGAAUAGAGCCAAUGAGCAAUAAACCCAGAGCAACUGUCCACUCCCAGAAGGCAGCUCACGGCCCUCAGUGCACCGGGAAGUUCCUUCUGCAGAAGGAUCUGAGUCAUAAAGAAAGGGAAGGGAAGAAACACGGCGAUAGGGACAGGGUUGAAAUGGGGAAGCAUCUUAUGGCAGCGAUGACCCCCAAAGAGGGACAUUAAUGCCCUGGACUGGGCUGUGGCAACUGUUCCCAGUCUCAGAGUUCAAGAACGUUCCCUGGGGUGAUUUGUCACUCCUGAUUCAUGGAGGAGUGAGGAAGAAAUAUUCUGCAAUACGAUGAGCUGUGGGAAGAGGACGAGCCUUUCAUAGGGGGGCAGCCCAACGAUGCCGAGCAUAUUUUCCUACCUGAGUGCAGAAGUCGACUGGUGCGAAGGCAACUUCGAGCACUCGGCGAUCAUCGCAGAGUACUACAACACUAUCAGCAAUGCAGGCUUCUUUAUCCUUCCUCCUGCCCUGCUCUACCUGAACCGGCAGUACUGCCAGCAGUGUCCCUUGCCCAUGUACUUCACCUCUGCCCUGCUCUUCUGUGUAGGUAUCUUCUCAACAUACUUUCACAUGACCCUGAGCUACGUGGGACAGCUCCUGGAUGAACUCUCCAUCCUCUGGACAUUGGCUGUGGCAUAUUCCUUUUGGUAUCCACAGGUUUACUUCCCCAGGUGCAUCAAGAACAGGAAGCAUUUCCUCUGGUUGAGUGGUGUCAUCACCGUGGUCAGUACCUUCAUGUCCUUCAUCAAACCAGCCCUCAAUGCCUACAUGCUCAACUGCAUCGCCUUCCACUUUCUUUACCUAACACGGAAAGAGCUGAAAAAAUGCAACAACAAGCGGGUUCACCAGAUAGCCAAAGCCAUGGUCAUGUGGUGGGGACUGGCCAUCACCAGCUGGAUAGGUGACAAGUGGCUCUGUGGCCUCUGGCAGAUGAUCAACUUCCCCUACUUCCACAGCUUCUGGCACGUGCUGAUAGCCACGUCCCUCUUCUACUUAUUCCCUCUGGUCAUCUACUUCAACGUCAUCUAUGAGAUGCCAUCGUUUAAGCCAAAGCUGGAAUAUUGGCCCAGUGACUCCUGGCCCGUCAGAGUGCCUUACGUUGCCCUGGAGCAAUCCCACAAACAGUGCUAGAGCUGUCUACCCUCAAGCAUCUCUCGGACACAGGGUGCACGAUGCACACACAUGCGUCUGCCUGGGGAACACCUCGGCUUGCUCCUCAAACAAGGGCAAUCUGGCUAGCGAAUGGGUCAGGGAGCAGCCGAGGCCUCAUGAUGCUGGGCAUGAAGCAGGGUGGCAGCCCACGGGUGGCUGGACGACUGCCCAGACAGACGCUGGGGAACCAAAGAUGUCCUCCUCCAGCAGAUCCCCACCGAGAAAGGGAGGGAAAUGGUGCUUCUUUUGUGUCUUCACUAGUCAAAUUGCGGCACCCCUUGCUGACAAGAGCACAGCUGAGAAGACAGAAGCCAAACUGGUCACAGCUGGGUUUGUUGGGGCUGCUGCAAUUAUUAUUAUUAAUUUUAUUUAUUGAUGUAUGUGGUCUUGCUCAGGAGAGCUGUGCAUUAAAGCUAUGGACACUAACUUGAACUGGGCCCC